CAACCCUUCAACCUCAUCCCAUCUGCAGCUGCCCUCGUGCCCAACCAGACCUGCACAGCUUCACCAAUUAAUUCUUCGAUUCAUCGCUCUCUCCAAACUCUCACUCCUCCUCCUCCUCCUCCUCCUCCUCCUCCUCCAAAACCUGCCCAACGUCUGCCCAGACCGGCGCCACGCGCGCUACAAUACCAUUUCCCCCGGUCGCCCAUAUCACAUCACCUCAGAUGCCCCGCGAUUUGGAGUCUGAGAGAGAGAUCAUCGAGAAUCUACCCCAGCUCUCCCGCGAACCUGACAGUGGAGCUACUCCUGCUUCAGCCUCAAUGUCAUUCCGAGACAUCAUCUCUGGCGCUCCAUCCGCUGCGGACAAAGGUUACUUCUUCGAGCCAGACGAGAAUCAGAGCAAACGCGACGAGCUUCAUCCCUACGUCCAGACCCUGAACGUCACCAAUGUCGACAGCUGUGUAGCCUUAGAGGCCGCUGCAUUCCCACCCCACGAAGCCGCUACCAAAGAGAAGUUCGAGUACAGGUUCUCCGUCUGCGGCGAGCUCUCCCUGGGCAUGUUCACCGCAACACCAACGAAAGACGCACCCGCAAAUCUCCAAAAAGACGCCACGCUACAUACGGCAUCAUCGACACUGAUCGCGCACGUCGUCUCCACAAAGACAACAAACGACGUGGUGUCAGAUGAAGACAUGGAUUUGCCCAAGAACUGGCAGACUGAGCGCCAUUCCAUGUCAAAGGCUGGUCACAAGGAGGAAGGCCGCACUAUCGCUCUACACAGCCUUGCUGUUCUUCCUGCGUAUCAGAAAAUCGGCCUUGGAUCCACCAUCCUAAAGAGUUAUGUGCAGCGCAUGCAGAAUGCCGAGAUUGCAGAUCGGAUCGUGUUGCUGGCGCACGAUGAGUUGGUACCAUUUUACGAAAAGCAUGGCUUCGAAAAGAAAGGCAAGAGCAAGGCUACUUAUGGCGGUGGCAACUGGGUCGACAUGGUGUAUGAGUUUCCGAUCGACGACUCCGAAUAGUCUUUCGCUCGAGGAUGAGCUUGCUUGAGGCAGCCUGUAAUAGGCGUUAGGAGUCGCGAUACUCGAGGCAUGACUUACUUCAUUGUAGCAAUAUUACCGCAAUUACAAGUCCACCCAGCACACAAACUGACAUUGAUCCACCGGAUUGUCUGCUUCUGACCAGUCGGCGUAGCAAUCACAAAUAGAACAGACGCUGAUAGUGGCAGACGUACGACGAAACACCUCUACUGAUGCGGAAGCUUCCCACCAGCGAGCUUCACCAGCUCAGGGAAGAUUGGCGUUCCUAGUCCGGUGACCGCAUCCCAUCCUUUUGUCGCCGGGAAUCCGUCC